UCAACCCAAACCAACUGUUAAAAAAUAUGAGGGUCUUCUUUUCGUUCCCCAAAAUUUUCUAUAGUCCUCCCCAGCUACCCCGCCAAGCUCCAUUUUCUGUCCGGCUUCCACCACCGAUCGCCACCACUUUACUUUAACUAAGCAAGUGAGAAUAUGAAUAUGGUUAAAGUUGGCCCAGCGGGAGGAAGUGGUGGAACCAUUUGGGAUGAAAAGGGACGAGACCAAGUUGCUGGGAUUGUUGUUACCUACAACGAAUACGCAGUUCACGCACUUCAGUUCCUGUUUUAUGAAAAUGGCAACUUAGUUCUGUCAAACAAGCACGGGGAUCAUCGCUGUGAAAACUUCCGUGCAGUUCUGUUUGAUUAUUCAUCAGAGUUUAUUACUUCCAUAAGCGGUUGUUUCAGGACAUCUUAUGAUUUUACAAAGCUGAAAUGUAUAAGUUUUGGAACCAACAAGGGUUCCUAUGGACCAUUUGGGUCCACUGCUACUUCAAAUGUUGACACGGACUUCAACUUUCAGCUAGGAAAUCAUCGUCUUUUUGGUGGUUUUCAUGGUAGCAAGACCGAAUAUGGCGUUGAGAGUAUUGGGAUCUAUGUGAAGCCGAUCAUGAAAGAUCCUCAAGUUAAGGAUGAAAAAGAUUUACUACCACCCACCUACGAAGAUCAACUUGAAAGUUCCUGGACUUGAGAAUUCAACUCAUAUGCCUACUUAUGGUUUUUACUUUUGCACAGUCGAUCUACAGCUUGGUGCUUGGUUAUUAUGUAAAGCUUUAUUAACUGUUUGAGUUUUGUAUGAUUUUGAAAAAUGGUCAUUGUUUGAUGGAAAAACUUAAAUAGCUUGUUUGGAUGGUUGUUACCUAUUGUAUUGUAUGGUUGAAUAUAAUGUUUGUUCUGUGUUAUUUAAGUUUUAUUGUAUUA